AUGACAACUGUGCCAAGGGGGGUGUGUGAUAUUGUCUCGUACAACACCCGAGACAAACAAUAGGUAGGAUGAAGGGUAUAUAAAGAACAACAAUGCUAGGAGUUGACAAAGUGGAUCCCUGUUCGAGACAAUUUCAAUCAUAGCUUCGUUCAGCUAUAUGGGCCAGGUGAAGAAGUAUGUUGCGAAACAAACAAUAUGAAGGCCGGCGCAAAGUACAAUGGCGUGCCCGAAAGGGAAAGUCACCUCGACGGGAGCCUGCGUUGUGGCGACCAGCAUCAACCAUAACGCCGUCCUUGAUUUGUUUUCACCCCGCAAGCCUAAUCCACGAGGAUUGUUCAAGCUGCUGGAUUGAUCACCUUCCAUGCCUUUGCUCAAACGAUCAUUGUGCUGCGUAUCUCGAGGGGCCGUUGUACCGCAACCUGGCCGCGGGGGUCACGGCCAUUAAUGUUAUCAUUAACCGCCAUCUAAACCAUAUCGUAGAGGGUGAAGAUGACAAGAUGACAGCCUGCUUGAGCUAGAAUAUGCUAUCGGCCAUUCCAACCCCGGUGUUGUCCACAUGGUCCAAAAAGGAAUAUGGCCGGACCACCGGGUUUCUCGUCAGAGACUCGAG